ACGAUCACAGCGGUGAAGAUGACGCUCCCCGGGUGGCUUUCAAUCCUCAGUGUUACCCCAAGUCACAGAUGAUUGAGCGAGCUCAGAGGUUUUACGAAAAUAUGAACGCUCGGAGGUCCGUGCGGAGUUUAAGUUCUGAGCCCGUCCCUUUGGAUGUGAUCCAAAAUAUCAUUCGAACUGCAGGAACAUCUCCUAGCGGCGCCCACACAGAGCCCUGGACAUUUGUAGUGGUCAGUAACAAGGGGAUAAAAGCUCAAAUCCGGCAAAUCGUGGAGGCGGAAGAGGAGAUAAAUUAUAGGAAACGCAUGGGAAAUAAAUGGGUGGAGGACUUAAAGAAGUUUAAGGUCAACUGGGAGAAACCUUACCUUGAUGUGGCCCCAUAUCUUAUUAUAGUGCUGAGACAGGCUUACGGACUCGGUGAGAACGGAGAGAGGAAAACCCACUAUUACAACGAGAUCAGCGUGUCCAUCGCGGUGGGGCUGCUGCUCACGGCCGUUCAGAACGCUGGUCUUGUGACAGUGACCACUACCCCAAUGAACGCUGGACCUGCACUGAGCACGCUGCUGGGACGCCCCGUUAAUGAGAAGGUGGUGCUGCUGCUACCAGUAGGGUAUCCGGCAAAGAACGCCACCGUUCCAGACUUAAAGAGGAAAGAAUUAGAUAAAAUCAUGGUACUAGUGGAUUAAACAUCUUUCAUUUCUUAAUUUACUUCGGGGAAGUCGUUUAAUACCACAAUUUUAGGUUAUUUUAGUAUUUGAAUU